UAACCUCUAACCAUGCCUGAUUGUUUAUAUGAUCAUGGCUAAUGUAAGAGGCCAUUCAAACAAACAUGACUAAUGUGUUUAUGUAAUUCUGCUAUACCCGUUCAAAUGUUUAUAAGAUUAAGAAUUACAUUUUAUUAGAAAUACUUUUAUUUUUGUUUAAACAAUUAAAUCAAAACAUUAAAAAAUGUUUAGAAAUAUAGUUGUUGGUAUGUCUGGUGGCGUGGAUAGUGCAGUGGCUGCUUUUCUAUUAAAAAACAAAGGUUUUAAUGUUCAAGCAGUUUUUAUGAAAAAUUGGGAUAUCGUAGAUGAGAUAGGUCAAUGUACAGCCGAUAAAGAAUUCGCUGAUGCAGACUUGGUUUGUAAAAAAUUAAACAUUCCUCUUUUUCGUAUUGACUUUGUAAAGGAAUAUUGGAAUGAUGUUUUCAGCUAUCUUUUAGAAAGUUAUCAAAAUGGCAUGACACCAAAUCCAGACAUAAAAUGCAAUAAAAAGAUAAAGUUUGAUAAAUUUUAUUGCUUUGCACGCAAUGAACUUAAAGCAGAUGCUAUUGCCACUGGUCACUAUGUGAGGACUAGUUUUGGUCAAUAUUUAGAAAACUACUCAGAAAAUGCUAAUGUAAAACUUUUGAGGGGAAAAGAUUUUUCUAAAGAUCAGUCAUUCUUCUUGUCUCAAGUUCCCCAAAAGUCUUUGAAAAAAUGUAUGUUUCCGGUCGGAGAAUACAAUAAAAUAGAUAUAAAGAGAAUAGCUAAAGAGGCACAAUUAACUUCUGUAUUACAUAAAAAGGAGAGCAUGGGAAUAUGUUUUAUUGGUAGUCGAAAUUUUCAAAAAUUCAUUACAGAGUAUGUAGAAAAUAAAUCGGGAAAUUUCCUCGACAUUACUAAAGGUAAAAUAGUAGGCUCUCAUAAUGGUUUUCAUUAUUGGACUGUCGGACAAAGAUGUAAAGUUGGAGGAUGUAACGAUCGGCUCAUGGUAUUUUACAAAAAUAUUGAGACAAAUGAUAUAUGGGUAGUCCCAGGUACUAACCAUCCAACGUUAUACUCAGAUUUAUUAAUAGCAUCUAAACCACAUUGGAUUUGUGAAGAACCUGAUCAAUUAAACAAAAGUAAAUCUGUACUUCAGUGUGGAUUUCGAUUUCAGCACAGAAAACCUUUAAUAACAUGUUCCAUAUUCAAAACAAAAAAUGAAAAUUUGAUAGUCCUUCUAUCGAAACCACUUCGAGCUUUAACUCAAGGCCAGUACGCUGUCUUUUACAAAGGAGAAGAAUGUCUAGGAAGCGCAAAAAUUGUACACUGUGGUCCCUCUUAUUAUUCUUUGGGAAAAAUUGAUAUUUCCUUAGAAGACUAAAUAAAAUACAAUCACUCUAUAUUAUAUAUAAUAUUUUUCUAUAUUUUAUAGGAAUGAUGAUCUUAUAACACAUUUUUGUCAAUUAAGGAUAAAAGAUUAUUUCGACAGUUGGCUAAAUUUAAUGAAAGACACUGAAAUAAUUUCGAAAAUAAAAAUUUUGUCAUUUGUUACUAUUCACAACAAUCUAAUUUACUAAUAUUAAUUGAUUAUUGUUUCAAAAAGACCAAAAUAUUAGGUAAACAUUGAUUUUUAAAUUUAUCUGUAAAAUGUCCAAAUUAAUAAUAAUAAUAGUUUUGUUACAUUUA